AUGGCCAGGGGCGGCCCCACACCCGGGUGCGAACAGCCCGGGGCCCCGAGCCUCGCGUGCAGACACUUUAUCCGGAAGCCUCCGAGUGCUCACGCACCAUUCUUCUGCAGAGGGUCGAGUUCUUGGUUUGAGAUGCUGAAGCCGCUGGUGGAGAAGCGGCGCCGGGACCGCAUCAACCGCAGCCUGGAAGAGCUCAGGCUGCUGCUGCUGGAGCGGACCCGGGACCAGAACCUCCGCAACCCGAAGCUGGAGAAAGCAGAGAUACUGGAGUUCGCCGUGGGCUACUUGAGGGAGCGAAGCCGGGUGGAGCCCCCGGGGGUUCCCCGGUCCCCAGCCCAGGACGCCGAGGCGCUCGCCAGCUGCUACUUGUCCGGCUUCCGCGAGUGCCUGCUUCGCCUGGCGGCCUUCGCGCACGACGCCAGCCCGGCCGCCCGCGCCCAGCUCUUCUCCGCGCUGCACGGCUACCUGCGCCCCAAGCCGCCCCGGCCGGAACCGGUAGAUCCGAGGCCCCAAGCGCCGCGCCCACCGCUGGACCCCGCCGCCCCGGCGCCCGGCCCCGCGCUGCACCAGCGCCCCCCAGUGCACCAGGGCCCCCGUAGCCCGCGCUGCGCCUGGUCCCCGUCCCCCUGCUCGCCCCGCGCCGGGGAUUGCGGCGCGCCGGCGCCCCUCACCGGACUGCUGCCGCCGCCGCCGCCGCACAGACAAGACGGGGCGCCCAAGGCCCCGCAGCCCCCGCCGCCCGCUUUCUGGAGACCUUGGCCCUGA